AUGACUGUGGAUAAAGGAAGAAUAAUACGGACUGUGGAUAAAGGAAGGAUAAUACGGACUGUGGAUAAAGGAAGUAUAAUAUGGACUGUGGAUAAAGGAAGGAUAAUACGGACUGUGGAUAAAGGAAGAAUAAUACGGACUGUGGAUAAAGGAAGGAUAAUACGGACUGUGGAUAAAGGAAGAAUAAUACGGACUGUGGAUGAAGGGAGGAUAAUACGGACUGUGGAUAAAGGAAGAAUAAUACGGACUGUGGAUUACGGAAGCAUAAUACGGACUGUGGAUGAAGGAAGAAUAAUACGGACUGUGGAUAAAGGAAGGAUAAUACGGACUGUGGGUAAAGGAAGAAUAAUACGGACUGUGGAUAAAGGAAGGAUAAUACGGACUGUGGAUAAAGGAAGAAUAAUACGGACUGUGGAUAAAGGAAGGAUAAUACGGACUGUGGAUAAAGGAAGGAUAAUACGGACUGUGGAUAAAGGAAGGAUAAUACGGACUGUGGAUAAAGGAAGGAUAAUGCGGACUGUGGAUAAAGGAAGGAUAAUACGGACUGUGGGUAAAGGAAGGAUAAUACGGACUGUGGAUAAAGGAAGGAUAAUACGGACUGUGGGUAAAGGAAGAAUAAUACGGACUGUGGAUCAAGGAAGAAUAAUACGGACUGUGGAUCAAGGAAGAAUAAUACGGACUGUGGAUAAAGGAAGGAUAAUACGGACUGUGGAUAAAGGAAGAAUAAUACGGACUGUGGAUAAAGGAAGGAUAAUACGGACUGUGGAUAAAGGAAGGAUAAUACGGACUGUGGGUAAAGGAAGGAUAAUACGGACUGUGGGUAAAGGAAGAAUAAUACGGACUGUGGGUAAAGGAAGGAUAAUACGGACUGUGGAUAAAGGAAGGAUAAUACGGACUGUGGAUAAAGGAUGGAUAAUACAGACUGUGGAUAAUGGAAGAAUAAUACGGAUUGUGGCUAAAAGAAGGAUAAUACGGACCGUGGAUAAAAGAAGAAUACUACGGACUGUGGAUGAAGGAAGGCGAAUACGGACUGUGGAUGAAGGAAGGAUAAUACGGACUGUGGAUAAAGGAAGUAUAAUAUGGACUGUGGAUGAAGGAAGAAUAAUACGGACUGUGGAUAAAGGAAGUAUAAUAUGGACUGUGGAUGAAGGAAGGAUAAUACCGACUGUGGAUGAAGGAAGGAUAAUACCGACUGUGGAUAAAGGAAGGAUAAUACGGACCGUGGAUUAA